GACUGGGUUCUGCCUUCCUGCCCCCCUCCUUCAUUCCUCUCUUCCCUUCCCCUCUCCUCUCUCUCUCUCUCUCUCUCUCUGCUUUCUCCGCUCUCCCUCCCCGGCUGCUCUCACACUCCUCCUCCCCUCCCUCAGUUAACAAGGCCCCUCUCCCCCUAUUGCUCGCGCCUUUUCCUCCCCCUCCCCUCUCUCCCUCUCUCUGUCUCACACACACACCUUCAAACACACACACACACACACACAUACACACACACCGAAAAGAAGAAGAAGGGAGCGAGGAAUGUUUUGUGUUUUGUUGAAAAAAGAAAGAAUGUGAGAGAGAAGAGAGAGGAGGAAAAGAGGAAGCUGGGAAAGACGGAGGAGGAGGAAGAAGAAGGAGAAGGAGAGGAGGGAAAGCAGCAGAGGCACCAGGGAGGCACUUGGUGGCUGCCUCGCCCGCCUUGGAUGAUGACCAUGACUACGAUGGCGGAGGGGCUGGAGGCGCAGGACUCGUCCAAGUCCGCCUUCAUGGAGUUUGGGCAGCAGCAGCAGCAGCAGCAAACAACGGCGCCUCCGCAGCCUUCCGGGACACAGACACAGGCGCCCGGAGGUUCCUCUCAGCAGCAGCAGCAGCAACAACAAGCUCAGCCUCAGCAGCAGCAGCAGCAGCCUCAACAGCAGCAGCAGCAGCAGCAACAGCAGCAGCAGCAGCCUCCUCCUCUGCCCCAGAGCUCCCCGGCCUCGGCGAUGGCGGCGGGCGCCCACUACCCGCUCCACUGCCUCCACUCCACGCCGCCGGCCUCGCACUCGCACCACUCGCACCACCAGCACCACCCGCCGCACCCCACCCACCACCACCACCACCACCCGCACCACCAUCAUCACCACCACGCCGCGCCCUACUCCUCCGCCGCGGUGGCAGCCAGCGGACCCGGCGGCGCCAACUCCUACAGCCACCGCUCGCUGGCCGCCGCCGCUGCCGCCGCCGCCGCCGCCUACCCCUACGUGGGCCACGCUCAGCACAGCCCCUACCUCCAGCCCUACCACCAGGGCGGCGGAGGAGCGGGCGGAGGAGGCGGAGGAGGGGCCGCGGGACAGGCCAGGCCCGACGACGCAGAUCAGCAAAAGACCACAGUAAUCGAAAACGGGGAAAUCAGAUUUAAUGGGAAAGGGAAGAAGAUCCGGAAGCCUCGCACCAUAUACUCCAGCCUCCAGCUGCAGGCUUUGAACCACCGUUUCCAACAGACCCAGUACCUGGCGCUUCCCGAGAGAGCAGAACUGGCAGCCUCACUAGGACUGACUCAGACACAGGUGAAGAUCUGGUUCCAGAACAAGCGCUCCAAGUUCAAGAAGCUGCUGAAGCAGGGCGGGAACCCGCACGAGAGCGACCCUCUGCCCGGCUCGGCCACCCUCUCCCCGCGCUCGCCGGGCCUGCCUCCGGUCUGGGACGUUUCGGCCUCGGCCAAAGGCGUCAACAUGCCUCCCAGCAGCUACAUGCCGGGCUAUUCUCACUGGUACUCUUCUCCACAUCAAGACACAAUGCAGAGACCGCAGAUGAUGUGAGCGGGCCAAGAGAAACACGCCGUUCCGGGAGCAGCCCGCCUGCCAGCCUGGCCCCGCCGAGAGAGAAAGAGAGAGAAGGAGAGAGGGCCGAUCGCGGGUUUGGGGGCCCCAUGGCGCUGUGUGGCCAAGGGAGACAGACUGGGGCUUGGCCUCUCCCUUCCCUUUAACCUCAGCGAUUGAUCUUGAACUGAAAGACCCACAUCAGAUGCUCUCCUUGGGAUAUUUCUAUCGGGACUCGGAGGCAACCACCCUCUCUGGGAGUAUAAAUCCAGGCGCAGAACAACAACAACAACCACAAAAACAACAAGGAGUGGAGCGGACGGGAGAGGACACACUUUCCCCACCAGUCCACGCAGCAACAUUUCACUGUUUUCGAGGCUGUACAUUCCCUGAAAUAGCCCUGGCGCCUAAAGAUGGGCCAGAAAUUCGCCUCCUAGUGUCAGAAUUCGGGGACUUUCGGACGAUACAUCCCAAAAUCCCGCAAUCGCAUCGCUAUUGGGGCUGGAGAUUCUGGGAGUUGCGACCACUACACACACACAAAAUAACUUUCCUGAGUUUUUCCCAUUGCAAGGAAAGAGAAAGAGGGGAAAGUAAGGGACGCAAAACAACCCCACCCGGAUCCUAAGGCUCAAGUCCCACCUUGUCAAUCUUCUCGGUCUCUACCGAGCAAACCUGCUGUACAUACUGUUGAAUUUUAGUUGUACAUAUCCUUUGUAUGUUUUGUCUCCUUUCAUAUAGAGAGUAAAAGCCAGAAAACGCCCAA